UGGAAAAUCGCCCCAGACGCCGUCGCAAAGAGAUGUAAUCUUCACGAACCGUAUAUGAUGACAUACGUCGUCUCACGGUCGACGUCCAUCCGCAUUCCAAAGGUCCAGCGCGUUCUUCCCGUGCGCGAGGAAGAAUUAUUUCCAGGUUGUUAUUUGAUAUGGCUAGUGAUGGACUUCAUAGACGGCGAUGUAAUGGAGAUGGCAUGGCCAAAGAUAAGCUGGCUGCAGAAAUCCGUUCAAGAACUGCACCAGAUUCCCGUUCCCCGAUCCAACAUCCCAGGCCCAUUCGAUUCCACUGGUAAAGCUUUGGCUUGCAGCGGAUAUUAUUUCUCCGAGACUGGGGUGGGACCUUUCGAAUCGUACAGUGCCAUGGCGGACUGGUUUGACCACCGUCGCUACUUCCUCCUUGUAGAUCUGCAUGUGAACUAUGGGAGUUUCAAACUACAUUUGUAUCCCAUGCUCGACGCUUCCUAUCCUCUUGUUCUAUGUCAUAUGGAUCUCAAUAUGCGUGAUAUCCUCGUGGAUAAGAGAGGCGAUGUUUGGUUAGUCGACUGGGGCAAGGCGGGCGCGUUCCCUCCGUGGUUCGAGUAUGCGAACAUGGUUUUGUUUGCAAGGGUGGCCAUAAAAGAACGCCGUUUACCAAAAUCAUGGCUGUUUUUUGCGCCUUUUAUUGCUGGUAAUUAUCGGUGGUGCGAAGCGGAGUAUCUUUGUCAUCUGGAAUAUGCUUUUGAAAGAUCAUAG